UUGUUGUUUUUGGUGUGUGUUUCAGUUUUGUAUAACGUGGGAGGUUCCAUCGACAAAGCUUUCUGACGAAGGUGGUGUUGACGAGCAAAGAGCGAGGUUUGGGGAGGUACUCGAUGAACUCAUAUCUCGGUUUGUGUCGGUUUAUUGGAAACAGGUAACCGCUGGUGUUUCCUUCUCCCGAAGAUGCACGAAUGAUAUGUUUUAUUUUAAUAAGACCACACGGGAUUGGCGUAGAAGAGUUGUUGCUCCGUCGUGUUUUACGGAUCGCGUGGGCUUUUGUAAGCAUGUUUUGAGUUGGCUGAAGUAUUCAUUGCGACCGAAUAUUUUGAAAGAGAGGACUGAGAUUGGAAGCAAAGCUAGGAGUUACAGCAGUAUCUAUUUGUUGUUUAGUUAUAUUGCUAAGGGUAGUGAUGUAUCUGUUGAUAGAUACGGAUCAUAUCCUUUGGUGUUUGGUAUUGAUCAAACCGUACCAAAUUUUGGAUCGGGGCCUAUAUUUGAAGACUCUGAUGAUGAGUAAUUAUUUUAUUUGAAUUUGUUGCUA